AGGGGGACGACGCAGAUGUCACGGAUGCACAACCAUGAUCAUGAUCUGACCAGAAAGGGGAGAGAAGGAGAGCAGUGGCCUGGGAUCACUGCCCGGGAGCCGCCGCAAUGGAGCGGUCCGCGGUGUGUGCGCGCACAGCUCCCUGCGCCCCCGCCGCCGCUCUCGCCACCUCCGUGUCCCCAGGCUCCGGUCCCCCGCCUAGGACCGCGCCGCCGCCACCCGGCCCUGCCUGCCCUGCCGCCUGCGCCGCGCAGCCCUCGCGCGCGCCCGGAUGGCGCUUUUCUCCCAGGACCGAUUAAAAAUAUACUAAUUCAAGAAUUUUAAAAUACAGUGGAACAGCAUAACAACUGUCUAUGUGCUUCCCAUGAUAUGGUCUCUAUAUUCUACCAAGCAUUUUACCUUGCACAUAGUUGGGGAUUCAUCAGUCAUUCAGGUAACAUAUACAGCAUUUAUUAAGCACCUGCUAUUUUCGGGUGAUGAAGAUACAACAGUGAAGAAACAAAGACCCUCACGAAGCUUCCAUUCUGGUAUCUCCAGGAUGAUUGCAUUCUCUGGCUGCAACCCAAGGAAUCAGUAAUAUAAAGUAUAGUUAUCAAAUGCCCAGACUCUGGAGCCAGAUGGCCUGCGUUUGAAUGUGCUCUGCCGUUUACUAACUGUGUGAACCUGGGCAAGUUUCUUAACCAUUCUGGGCCCCAGACUCUUCAUCAAUAAAACUGGAAUAUAAUAAGAAAAAAUUAUGACAUCAACAUCCAAAGGAAUUCUCCGCCCAUUUUUAAUUGUCUGCUUUAUUCUGGGCUUCUUUAUGGCGUGUCUCCUCAUUUACAUCAAGCCCACCAACAGCUGGGUCUUCAGUCCAAUGGAGUCAACCAGCUCAGUGCUGAAAAUGAAAAAUUUCUUCACCACCAAAAGCGAUUCUGUUAAUGAAACUACCAUUCUGAUUUGGGUGUGGCCGUUUGGGCAGACCUUUGACCUUACCUCCUGCCAAGCAAUGUUCAACAUCCAAGGAUGCCACCUCACAACAGACCGUUCUCUCUACAACAAAUCUCACGCGGUUCUGAUCCAUCACCGAGACAUCAGCUGGGAUCUGACGAAUUUACCUCAGCAGGCCAGGCCACCCUUCCAGAAAUGGAUUUGGAUGAAUUUGGAAUCACCAACUCACACGCCCCAGAAGAAUGGCAUUGAGCACCUAUUCAAUCUCACUCUGACUUAUCGCCGAGACUCAGACAUCCAAGUGCCUUAUGGCGUAUUGACGGUGAGCACAAACCCCUUCGUGUUUGAAGUGCCAAGCAAAGAGAAGUUAGUGUGCUGGGUUGUAAGUAACUGGAACCCUGAGCACGCCAGGGUCAAGUAUUACAACGAGCUAAGCAAAAGCAUUGAAAUCCAUACGUAUGGGCAAGCAUUUGGAGAGUAUGUGAAUAAUAAAAAUUUGAUUCCUACCAUAUCUACUUGUAAAUUUUACCUUUCCUUCGAAAACUCAAUCCACAAAGAUUACAUCACAGAAAAGCUCUACAAUGCUCUUCUGGCUGGCUCCGUACCUAUUGUCCUGGGGCCAUCUAGGGAAAACUAUGAAAAUUAUAUUCCAGCAGACUCAUUCAUUCAUGUGGAAGAUUAUAACUCUCCAAGUGAGCUAGCAAAGUAUCUGAAGGAAGUUGACAAAAACAAUAAGUUGUACCUUAGUUACUUUAACUGGAGGAAAGAUUUCACAGUAAAUCUUCCACGGUUUUGGGAAUCACACGCAUGCUUGGCUUGUGAUCAUGUGAAAAGGCAUCAAGAAUAUAAGUCUGUUGGUAAUUUAGAGAAAUGGUUUUGGCAUUAGAGUUUUCCAACAUUUGCACACCUGGCAAAGUCUUUCAAUGAAAUAUCAUACAAGUUUAGAGAAUGAAAAGAGAGAUGAGACAUUCUGCUUUUCUUUCAAAAUUUAUUUUGAUCACUCUCGGGUAACGUAUAUUUUGAUGAAGAUUUUUAAGAGUUCAGCAUUAGCAAUCACUCCAUUUGGAUUUAAAUUAUCCUGUAUAUACCUAAUUAUGGGCAUUGAAAAAUAAUUUAUUCUUCACUAUCAUUUAUAAACAUUGUUUUUUCACAUUUUUUGUAGUUGUCUGUAAUGUAAGUUUGUGGUACAAUUACUGUUUGUAUAUUGAUCAUCUGUUUAAUCUAUUUGGGAAAUGAAAAUGUACAUCUUAAAACAUGAAAUAUUUUCACUAAAUAUUAUAAUCUCUAGUUCCAAGUUUGCAUAAUGUAACAAAUGAAAAGUAUUUGUAAUUGAAUUCUAACCUCUCUGACUUCUGAGUUGAACAAAGUGUGUAACUGUCUCUAUUUGAUCUAUUUUUACCUGUUUACAUGUUUGUGAAGGCAGAAAUAUUCAUGUAGUGAAGAAGAAACAUAGUGAAGCAGAACUGUUCUAUUCAGAAAACUAUUAGGUUUCCCAUAUACUUUCAUUAAGCUGAUUUGCAAAUGCAGCUACUAUUCUCAUGAUUUUAAGUUAAAUUAUUGAAGUAUUUUUAAAUAUGUAUUUUGGGGGAUUUUUAGUAUCUAGGAAAUAAUCCUAAUAAUACUUAAGAAAAUCUAAGACAGUUCUCUUUUCUAUCCUGAUAACACAUUAUUAUAAUUUCUUCAUAUAACAAAAGGAUAUGUAUAGAUUGCAUCACGUUUAUAAAUGGCACAUAAGUAUACAAUUUUAAUAACAUACCAACUUAAAAUAUUUUUCUCUAAACCACUAUUUAAAAGUUUAUUUUAGCAUAUAGACAAAUAAAUAAACAUAACAUUUGCAAAACUUUUGUCCUAUUAUCUAAAAGAACUUAAAUAAAAUUAACAUCAAGGAGUUAAAUAUAAGAUGUGAAACAUAAUAAAGUGAGGUUUUAUAAGAUCUCAAUGCAUAUUUGUUGAAUGGAUAAAUAAAGGCAUUGAACAUCAUGGGAAAAUUUUAUUAGUUUCAAGGACGUGACAGUUUAGCCUAGAGGUACUCACUGGUGAUGAUGUUGUACAUGUCUCUUUAGUAAUUGUUUAUACUACAGCACAUGGUAAGGCCCUUGGGGCUUUACCAAACCAAAAUGAGUUUGUCAUUACACUAAGUUUUUGGAGAAUUCACUUGUGAACUUAGUUGCUGUACAGCAUUUCUCCUCCCUUAGGUUAAGGGCCAGAUAUAAGCAUAGAACAGCAGGUGAGAAAAGUUGGGAUGCUAAGGAAUCUUCAAGAGAAGUAGUUCCCCAAAGAACUUUAUUCCAUUCAUGGCAAAAACUCAAAAGAAUUAGAAUGUUCUGAUGAGACCUAUUUGAGUCUAUGUGUGACUAAUUCUAAUAGUCCUAUUACAUGCAGCACCAGUACUGUACAACUCAAAUCCACAAUCUUCUACAUCAGAUUCAAGGGAAAGAGGCCAAUUUCAAUUCAGUAAGAAGGAGGCGCCAACUGUUCCUAAUAGGACUGCCGUGGGAGGGAACGAGCUCUCUAGAGCACUAGAAGAAUUUGAGCAGGGGAAGAGUCCUGGGUUGAUGGAGGAUUGUUUGAUCCUCAGAAUAAUGUCUUUACCCACGAUUGAAUAGGCAUGCUGUGUCUGGCAAUGCCGCAGCAGGAUAAAGAUGAACAAGGAACUAUCACUGUCUUGAAGUAGCUUAUAAUUAAGUGGAGAGAGACAGAAAACCUUCCUCAGAUUCUCAACGGUGUUUACGUGGAUCACUGCUGAUUUCAUGAAAAUAGGAAAGCGAAUUUCCCCAGUUGUUUCUGAGCUGCAAGUGUGUUUCCUCGUGUGACCCAAUGGAGAUUUCCUCCACAGAAGCUCUUCUAACCACACUGGCUCAAGAAAUAGUGUGUCUGUAUGUCUGCCCUCCUAAAUAAGGAAAGAUUUCCACCCGCUUUUAUUUUGGCAUGUUAAAACAGUCAUGUUCAUUCAUUUACAUUGACUUUGUUAUCUUUUUGACCUAUGAAAAGUAUAGGGAGAGAAAUAGGAUUUAUUACAAGCAAGUUUAGAAGGUACCUACUUUCUUCAAAAGCUGAAAAAUCAUGACAAGCCACAUUUGCUGUGGUAGAGGCCCAUGACUUGAAUAAACUGAGAAACCUGAGCACAUUUCCUAUAUUGUCAACUAUGAAUUUGGGUUCAUUCUUAGAUUGUGACUCUAAUCACAUGCUGAUAAUAUGACCCAAGCCAAGGCAAUAAUACUAAUUGAUAAACUAGAACACCUCUAUUUUGAAAACCCAUUACCAAGUGUGAGAACAAGUUUUCUGAAUUUGAAGUGCCAAAAUAAAUGAGUCAAUUGACCCUUCAGUUCUGGAUCCAUUGAUCUGUGAGUUUUAGGGCUGGAAGGAAUUAUAGCAAUGUUUACAAAGUAAUCCCUUUAUUCUACUUAUAUGUUAACUAGACUCAGAGAUAAUAUUUAUUCAAGACAUAUGCACACACAUGCCCAGCAGGUGUGGCUCAGUGGUUGAGCUUCGACCUAUGAGCCAGGAGGUCAUGGUUCUAUUCCUGAUGUUGGGGCAUAUGCUCGGGUUGUGGGCUCGAUUCCCGGUCCCAGUGUGGGGCAUACGAGAGGCAGCUGAUCGAUGAUUCUUUCUCAUCAUUGAUGUUUCUAUCUCUCUCCCUCUCCCUUCAAUAAAAAUAUAUUAUUUAAAAAUGCACACACACACCACAGAUAGUGACAUAGCCAUGGUUAGAAUUUAAGGGCCUGUAUUUCUUAAUCCUAUGCUCAUUUUCAUAUUAUUUUCACUUUAUCAUAGAAGUAUGUCUCAAUUCCUAAAAAAUGUGAAUGUCUAGAUGGUAUUAUCAGGGCCUUUAGAAUGAUACACUCUAUGUGCAAGUACUUUGACUUUUGAAAAAGUCUAGUAAAUAAAACAUUGAGCUUGUUAGCAUUCCUUCUGGUUUAAAUAUUUUAGGAGUUGAGCUUCAGCAAAAAGACAUGGGCUGUCAUUACAUUUUAAGUGAAAUGCAAUCCUUAAGAUGAUAUAUGGUCCUCAGCCACUGUUUCAGUAAAUCCUGUAGACAGCAAAAUUCUUUUUAAGGAUAUCUCAUGGUAAAUGAUAUGGAUUUGAUAGAAUUGGCUUGCUGCUGCUGAUUAUAAAAGCAGUUAUGCCAGGGAAUAAAUUGUGGACAUAAAAGAAGAAUCUACCAUUUAAAAAGUUGUAUUUCAAAAUAUCAAAAAUCUAUUACAUUCAAUGUUAUGAUUAUUUAAAUAUUAAUUAUUGUAGGCCCAACUAGUAAAAGCAUAUAUUAAUUUUUAUAGGCCUUAUUAGUAAGACUAUAUAAUGAAAUCUCUAUAUCGAGCAAUAUUACACUCUGAAAAAAAAAAGACAUGGCCAUCAUAUUUUAUGUCAGCCAUAAAUUUGAAAAUAUGAAGUAGAAACUGGUAAAAAUCAUCUUAGUGGAAAAUCAAUAUCAGCUUACAUUUUUUAUAUAUUUACCGAAUAAAUCCUGAUAGUCCUAGAAUGUCCCAAAAUGUUUUCUAUUAUGAGGGCUUAGAAAGCUCAGAGUAUUUGAGGUUUAAAGUGACAGACUAUUUAGGAACUAUUUGCUGAGCCUUUAAAGUUUUGCCUCAAAUUGGAAGUUAAAUAUGGAAAGAAUAAGAAACAAUAUUAUUGAAAUCUUUUUUGCUUAGCCUAUUUUCAAGUUAGAUUCCAUGAGUCUUAAGAUAAUCACCUAGAAAAUGUCUUUGUAUAAAUUAAGACAAAAUUAAAACUCUGAAAUUACUAAAACAAGUUUAAAUUCUUACAUUAUGACUUUGUGCUUAAAUAUAUCUUUGAAUUCCCUUGGACACUAUAUCGUUUAAACUUCUUAACAAAUUAAUUAUAAUCAAGCUGCUAAAUAUAAUAAACUUCAGAAUCUAAAGGAUAAGACAGUGUCUAACAUAGAGGAGGAUCUCAACAAAUACUGUUGAAUGAAUAAAAACAUCGUAUUUAUGAACAGUAUUUUUAAUGUGAUAACAGUUCCAGCUUAUUGGUGUCAGGUAGAGAUGAUAUUUUACAUUUUUCAUCAGUCAAUGUGCUGCUGGAUGCAAAGGAAGGCAUUUUUUUGCCCUCCCAGUCUUGCAGCAUGCCAAGACUCAAGGAUUUGCAACAUGUAAACACUCUAUUCAAAUGUCAACAUACCAACUGUUUCUAAUAGGAAAGACAAUUAGUAUUUAAGGUGAACUUAAAGUGCAAGCACUGUGAAGGGCACAUUAUCUAUUACAAGCGCUAUACCAGAAAAUAGUUUAUUUUCUCCCUAACUGCACUCCUUUGUAUUGUAAACAUUGGUUAAGACUUUUGUGUGUGUGUGUGUGUGUGUGUGUGUUUCUUUAUAUCUCUCAUCUAGAGAUUUUGUAGCAUUUUGCAAAUGAGUAAGCUCCACUACUAUCCGAAGUGCUCUCCCUCUCAGUAAUUCAUAUUGAAUGCAUCCAUAUUCAUAAGCAAUAUGUAGAGCAGUUAACAGAACAUAAAUGAUAGCUUGCUAUCUAGAUAUAUGAAUAAUGCUAGGCUGGGUUAUUGGUUCAAGAUAUUGUAAUUUUGAGAAAGCCAAUGAACCUCUCUGGACUUUGCUGUUCUUAAGGCUCCGUCUACACUACACUACUUCUCUCAUCUAAAAUCUAAACUAAUAUAUUCAUAUAUUUGCAAGUAAAAUCUCAAUGACCAUCUCAAAAUAAUUUUUGGACAUAACUACUCCAAGCUGAUUUUCCUUUUAUCUCUCUGAAUAGAUAUUUAAAGCAUGAAACUGAUUAGGUAAAUUACUAUGUGGAAAGAACCUAGUCCAGUGCUUGGACCAUAGCAAGUGAUCAAUUAGCUAAUCUUCCUCCUUUAACACCUUCUUCCCCUUAUUUCUCUACCUAAGUCCUUUACAAUUCAUAUACACACUACUCACUGAGACCUUAAUUGUCUACAGAAAACCAACUGUAUAUUUGGCAUUGUUUAAAAUAUUUUAGAUUUUUCUCUACCAUCCACAUUUUUAUUAUAAUAAUCUAAAAAUUUUUAUUGAUACAAAAAUGUCUGGAAGCCAGUAAAGUCAAACCCCAGAUGACAAUAAAAUAAGCAACAUAAUUUAAACCUAAUGAAAUGCAUCUAGAUAACUUAGUUAUUUUUAAACUUGUGAUUAAUACAUAUUUACCCAUUUGACUUAGUUUGAAAAUAUUUUUUUAAAAGAAACUCCCAACAUCAGCUGCCUUUUGUUAGUGUUCCAGAAAAACCUGGUUCCUAGAAUCACCAGAGGUGCUUAUGCACAAUUCUGAUUUAUGGGCCCUGUUCAUGUAAUUGGAAUAUAUUCAAAUAAUUUUUAAAAAUACAAAACAUGUUUUAAUGCAUUUCCUAAGUGUUUUUUUGCCCCAUCCUAUAGUUUAUGACCUAUCCUAAGCCAGCAGUUCUCAAACACACAUAUGUCUUUGGGACUUUCUAUAUCAGCUGCACAAGAAUCACUUGAAAGAGUGUUAAUAGCACACAGCUUCUAAUUCUCUGGGUCUGAGAUCUGAGUUGGAAUCUAUAUUUUAAAAAUCUCCCCAGAUAGGUCUGAUGUGCUGUCAACCUUGAGGUUGCAUCUUAGCUACCAAUUAAAUGGAAAGUAUUCUAUUCUCAAUUGAUAUGAGCUAUGGCCUUUCUUUGGUUCAUGUGUACUAUUUCUGAAUAUGUCACUAAAUAUUUCCCUACUUCAAGAGCCUAGACAUUCUCAACACCUAAUAAUUACAUGUCCAAGCAUCAUACUGAUAAUCUCUUAUGUGGACCAGGUUAUUUAUAGUCUCCAGCUCUUUUAAAUCUGAGUGGUGUAUAUGUAGCAGUACAUCUCAAGCUUAGAUGAACAUCUGAAUCAACUAGAGAGAAUUUAAAACUGUUGCUGUCCAAACCCCACCUCUAAAGAUCUGAUCCAAGUGGUUUGAGAUAAGCUGCAGUGGUGAGCAGUUGUAAAAGCUCCACAGGUGAUAUGAAUGUGAGACUGCCUCCGGGAAUCACCAGUCUGCAUAGAAGACUUGCGUAACUUUUGAUCUGGAGAAAUUAUUAGGAACAGAAAAGAUUAUAUAACAUGAAAGAAUACAUAUCAUUGUCUUUUAGGCUCCAACUUUAUGUUUGUAUUUUAUAACAUAAAAGACUGUACUAUCCAUUUACCAGAAUCUUUUACAGCCAUAGACUUCUAUGCUCUGUGAUCUGCUUCUCCUCUGUGUGUGUUUGAGACCUCUUUACCAUGUCCCAGAGUCCUGGCUUGAUGGAUGGAAAAGUAAUUUGCAAUUGGGAUAUAGCAACAUGAUAUAGCACCCAGAUUUUUUAUGACAAUAAACUUAGGAUUGAAUCCAAACUCUGCCACUCAUUAACUGUGAGUCAGUUACUUGACUUCUUUUAGCCUCAGAUUUUGCAUCUAAAUUGUGGAGGUAGCAUCUUCUUGAUGUGUUUGUGUGUGUGUGUGUGUGUGUGUGUGUGUGUGUGUGAGAGAGAGAGAGAGAGAGAGAGAGAGAGAGAGAGAGAGAGAGAGAACAGAUGAAAUGACACGUAAGUGACUAGAUAACAUGUUUAAUUAGUAUCGUUUACUAUAAUAAAAGUCAUUGUGAGGAAUCCAAAUCUAGUUCCAAAAUUUCAGUUCUAAGACUCUGAAAUUGUUAAGCAGAGAGCUUAUAAGUAUCAUUGCAAAUUUAAAUAAGCCAAAGGAAUAAUCUUCAGGAGAAGAGAAACAAAAAUAGUGCAGAAGUGUGUGCAUUUACACCUUUUGUAAUUACUAAGUAAUGGAAGGGGUGUGGGAGCGGGCAGUGAGUGGUUGUGCAUAAACAUUAUUAAGCAAAUACACCAUUUCUUAAAAUAAUUGGAACCCAAGCAGACCUAAUUUUUCCUCACUGUUAUGAGCAAUCAGUAAACUAACAGUCAAUUUAGGGUAUGAUCGGUAGUAUAGCUCAAGUCACAGAAUUCAAUAGCAGGAAGAUUCUCAGAAAUCAUUAUCUAUUAAGGAAAGAGGUCUAGAAAUGUUCAAUAACUUAAUCCAUCACUUCAACUGGUCCACUAGUUAACCCCAGACUAAUGAACUAUAUAAAUUAGAAUACAGAAUCAAGUCUCCAUCUACUUUUCCUAAAUGUAAAAUAAUGCUAAAAGUUACUUUUUUAAAAUUUAUUUUAUUGAUUUUUUACAGAGAGGAAAGGAGAGGGACAGAGAGUUAGAAACAUCGAUGAGAGAGACAUCGAUCAGCUGCCUCCCACACGCCCCCGACUGGGGAUGUGGCCACAACCAAGGUACAUGCCCUUGACCGGAAUCGAACCUGGGACCCUUCAGUCCGCAGGCUGAUGCUCCAUCCACUAAGCCAAACCGGUUAGGGCUAAAAGUUACUUUUUAAAUAAUAGUGUAUAAAUUCAAUAAACAAAUAUAUUAGCUUAGUGGUGCAGAAAUAAACUUAGCCAGACUGUGAUUAAGACUAUUCUAAUUGUUAAUUUCAUAAUAAAUAGAAUUUUGACAUGAAUAAUCUCAACUAUUCAUGUGCACAAGUUCUAAAUGGUACUGUAAUAAAACAAAAAAAAGGCAAGCUUAAAAAAUGUUUUCUAUUCAUGUGUGCAAAAAUCAAUGUUAUUCAAAAUAGUGUUUUUUAAGUUAGCUCUUACUUGUCUUGCUUUAAAGAAUAUUAGGAAUGUUUAUUUCAGAUACAACAUUAGAAAACUUCAAAAUUUGAAUUAUUUUUCUGAGUCCUCUGGCAACCAGAUUGUUGAAAGUAGUUGUACUAAUAUAUAUGUAAAGUAUGUUAAAUUAGAUCUUGCUGAACUUUCAUUGUGAAAAACAAAUGAAAGGUUUCUCUGAAAAUUUUUAAGAGUGACUUCUACAAAAAGGUAUGUUAACUACAGUGAUUCUUUAGACACAUGGCUGCAUUUCAUUUUCAUUAAUGAGGGUGUAAGAGAUAGAAAAGCAGGCUCGGCAUAAAUGGUACCCAAAGUAAAUGAACAACCUAGUACUACUCCUUAUGCAAGAAAUAUGUGCCAGCCAUCAGAGCGCAUCCCCAGAUUUCUGUUGAGCUUCAUUAGCUAUCUUCAGUCCCUUGGGUGAGACAAUCCUGAAGAUGUCAUCCUCAUCUAAGGCGAGAUUGCCAGAGCAGAGUUCACUACCAUCUAGGGCAGGAUAUGUGCCUCCAGAGACUGUAAUUAGAUCAGGCCUUUCACAUACUGGUUUUCUUUUUAAGAGCCCUUGAACAAACCAAGCAUAUCUAGUUGUCUAUGUAAAACUAAGAGCAGUUCACUUUCUUAGAACACAGAUGACCUAUCUCAAAUAUUUUAUAUGUUACUUUAAAAUAAUGAAUCAAAGGACAAAGACUACCAUAAUUGAAACCAGAGGUUUACUAACAAAAAGAAAAACCUUUCAGCAUAUAGAUGUUCUACAUUCAAAGCAAUGAGAGCUCUCACCUUAAAGAUUGACAGGCUAUGAGGCAUUGUAAUUGGAGAUAGGAAAAAAGUAGUGAAAAUAAUGGUAUAUUUUUCACUCUUAAAUAAAAAUGUAAAUCUCUAGAGCUAUCAGCAUGAUGUCAACCUUCAAAAAUAAUAUUUAUAUUCAUCUGGGUUUUUUUUCUUCCUCAUUUUCUUUUGUUUAAAAGUUUGGGUUUGGUAAGAAUCAGGGUUAGUGAAGUAAUUGUGACAAUAUAAAAUGACAUUUUUAUAAAUCAUGUCUAAGACAAAGGUAAGCAGGAAUGUUUGCUGGAGAAAAUGCAAGUGGUCAAAAAUAUUUGGAUGAAAUUAUUGAGCUUAAUCAUCUUCAUUGGAAUAAUAGGGUUUAUUCUGAAACUGCAGAACACAUAUGUAUCAUAGAGGUUUUAAAGGGAAGAAGGGAAAAGCUAAAAGUCUAAAGCAGGGGUCUUCAAACUACGGCCCAUGGGCCACAUGCGGCCCGCCGAAAACAUUUAUCCGACCCGCCGGGUGUUUUUGCCGCCGCUGUGUGCAUAGGAAUUUGUUCAUAGUUUUUUUUUUUUAAACUAUAGUCCGGCCCUCCAACGAUCUGAGGGACAGUGAACUGGCCCCUUGUUUAAAAAGUUUGAGGACCUCUGGAGGUAGAUUCAAGUACACAAAGAGGCAGGAGGGAGAAAAGUGGUGACGAGAAACAAGAAAGGGAACAGUAAACUGAAGAUCAGAACCCACGUUCUAGUUUGCACAAUCUAUUAUAUAAUUCACUAGCUUUUCUGAGCUACCGAUUUUUCAUGUCAGUGGGAUGUGGUGAACUUCACGUUAAAAUCCCCCAAGAAGCUCUUAAUAAAUUUUGAUUGAUUAGUUAGAUAUUCUGGUUUAAUUAGCCUGGCACCAAGCAUGGCUGCCAUAUAUUCUAGAAUUUUUCUUUUCAUUUCUUCCUUCUCUCUUCUAUGUGGCUAUGUCACUGCUGUGAAAGCUGUAAGAAGGGAGAGAAAGAAGUUAUUACACAAUUUCUUUAGGAGCUCUAAUUGAAGAGCUGCUAAAGAAGAAAACUGCAAUGGAGUUUUUGCAAAUGAAGAAUGGGUACUUUACAUGUUUCCUCUUAUCUCAUUUCUUCUUCAAGAACACCCAUACAGACACACAUAUGCCUAUACCUUUUUAUGUGGUUUAAGUAUGACUGAAUAAAAUAAUGUACUUAAAUUAGGAAGCUCAAAACUAUUAUGAUGAAACAAAAUGUGCCAAUUCUAGCCAAUCUGUGAAUGUAAGGGUCAGUAAUCCAUAAACUAUUUGGGUGGUAAUUGUAUGUUUCAUUAAUGUAAUGUGAUUUUGCACUACUGUAUUGUUAUAUUUAAUCAGAAUCUUUAAAACACCCUGAAACCUAAAUGCCAAAUGUACAGUUUAUAGGUUCUUGUUAUUUCUGAUAAGGAUUUAAUUGCAUUGUGCUAACAGUUGUUUAAUGCUAUUAAUGUUCUGUAUGUGUUAUUACUGUGAUUCAAACCCAUGAGGUUGUUGUAAGCACACUAAUUGAUCAUCUGGAUUUUUAUAGAUAAAAUCACCCAUUGAUCAGAAAUCACUUUUCUACUUAUUUUUUUGUAGAGUAUUUUUCCACACUUGAAAAAAAAAAACAUGAUUAUUUUAUAUCAAACAUCAGCUUUUCUUUAAAUCUUAUUUUAGUAGCCAGUGCAUGUUUGAAAUAAAAUGUGUUAGAAAUUUUAUGAUAUUUAGGUUGUGCUAUAUUGGGGGGGGGAAAUGCAUGCUGUUGGCGAAUCAUGCAACUUUGGGGGAAUUUACACUGCCAACUGACACGCAGGCAUGUCUCAAUCCAUGUGCAUGAUUCAUGUCCUUUCUAAAAUCCUUUGUAAACUUUAGUAAAGCGAAAAUGUUAUUCUUAGUGCUAAUGAGCCAAUAGACAAAGCUGCUUUGCUUUUUUUCUAAUGUCGCAGCAUAUUGUGGUAAAUUUGCCCCUCCCUCAAAUUUCCUUCUUGGAGUUUCUAGUUGGCAAUAAAAUAUAACAAAUAAAAUCAUUUAUUGGCAAAUGAUAUAAUUCACUGUAUAGCAACUUACUAUAAUAAGCAUGAAGAUGUGGGAAAAAUCAUGUUAAUAGUUCAAAACUAUGAACACAAUAUUCUGGCAGCUUUUUCUACAAUCAAAAAUGGUAUGGGUUUUUGUUGUUGUUGUUUGUUUGUUUUUUACACUGCCAAAAUCAGUACUACUGCCAGGGUGGGGAUAACUGGAGGUCAGGUCUGCACAACACUAAUUUGAAUAAUAAUGCAGAACAUCUAGGUCCUGUGGACAGCCAAUCAGUGUAACUGGUACAGGGGGGGAAAGGUAAACUCAAUCUUUUUCUCGGUAACUUAGGUAGUUAAGAAAAAUUUUUUUGAAUAGAAAAUAGGAAUUUUGGCUGCAGAGACCAAGCCUCUACAUGCUAAUAAUUUGCAGUAGUCUUUAGAAAUAAGAAUUAUUCAGUGGUGUUUCCUUUUGGUGUUUGUUUUGUUUUCUUUUUCAGAAAAUAUACUGGUGUUUUUGAAAGGGCUUAAUUCCAAACGGAUAAUAUUAUGAACCAAUGACCACCACCCCAAUGAAAUAAGUCGUUCAUCAUGUUAUGUUAUGGCUAGAGCAUAACACUUGGUGACUUAAAACACCAAUAUAAACAUUUACACUGCCGGAAGGUAAUUUUAUUGCUAUGUUAUUAAAGCAGUCGGGAUCCUAUUUAUACAUUUAUUUAUUUAUUUACAGAAGUUUGGUUCAUUCGAGUUCAAUUUUAACAGCUUCAGUGAAGUUAAUAUAAUGAUAAUAAAAGUUGACUCUAGCUACUAGUCCAAGUGAAAAUCAUGCAAAAGAAUUUCCUUCCAUCCAGGAGUAAAGCAUUAAUCCAAAUGAUGAGUAAUCAGCCCACAUCAGCAACACGAUGUACAUGUGUGACAUAUAGCAAAACUGAUCUUGGCUCUUAAUUUUCUAUCAUAUUGUUGUCCCUUCAUAGAUUCAACCUGUAAAUAACAUAAAACAUCAUGGCAGCUAGCCAAUAUUUUAAUAAGCCAUGAAAGGCAAAAUGCCAUAGGGAAUCUAUAAAUUCAGCUAUUUGGAUAACGUGUUUUCCACAAAUUAUACUGCUGAUGUUAUUUGAAAUUUUCUUCCCUUAAAAAUAUCAAAAUGUAGGUUCCUGUCCAUUGAUGUCUUUCUGGGCCUAUAAGUAAAUAUAUGGUAUGAUUGUUAUAGUUAUAAUUUUGUGAAAUUUUUGUUCAAUAAUUAAUGGUGAUUUCAGCAUCUGUGCUAAGAUCCCAAGGCAGAAAUAAAUGUAUAAAGGACUUGAGCCUAUAUGUGUAAGAAGAAAUCUUUCCAAUCAUAUUUCCUAUAUUUAGUGUAAGUACUUCAGUGAUUUACCACUGGAAUUAUUCCUUGAAUGUAUAAAUAAUGAUGUUCUGUUCAGGCCUAAUGAAUUCCUGUAAUGUGAAUAUUUAAAAUAAAAGAAUUCAAUUUCAAUGUGCAAAA